AUGCCGGAAGCGUGCGCCGACCUCGUCAGAACCGCUGCUGGAAACGGUCAUUUGCUUGUCCGGAAGAAGAUUUCCACCUUCAAUGGCCUUGUCCAGAAGCAUCUGGUUUGUCUUGAGCUUCUAAAAUCUUUUUGAAUCUUGGAAAAAUGUUGAGAACCAAGAAAGUUAUAGUGAAACAUGUAAAAUUUCACUUAUAUUUGUUUAAAGUCAAAAAAGGGCAAAAUUGAGCCAGUUUUAAAAACUUUCGUAUGGUUUCCUUGUCACGUACUUACAGCUUUUGAGAUUUUUUGGAUCUUGAAAAAAAGCCGAUUUUUUACUUUUGAGAUAAAAUUAAUCAGGAAUACGUUUUUAUUUUUCAGCACCCUGUUGUGGGAGAUCCGAUGCCCGUCUUGCUGGCUGAUCUCGAAGCCUUCUGGGUCACAAUCGACAUGGAGUUGACCGGCAUCAACAAGCAGUUCGAGAAGGUCCUGAAAAAAAAACAGACUUUAAUUGACAACUUUGAUGAUCUAUGCAUCUUCUACAAGGUGGCUUAUGAUGGAGAUUUCAGAUCGAACAAUAUCGAAAAGCUGGAUGGAACAUGGAGGCUGUCGAGGAGACGACGUCGACCGAGACUACGCCGAAGGCUUCGACGGCGGCGCCGCCAGUCCCGAAAAAGUCCCGACUUCCGACGAAAAAGUCCCCGGCUCUGUCCGCCGAAGCCCAGGAGAAGCUCGACAAGCAGGUACUUGAGGGGUUUUAUAUUUUCAAGGGUUAUUUUUGAUUAGAAAGGUUCCUACUGGGGAAUAUUUUUUUUUUUGAAUGUUAGAGGUUCACUACAGGUUUCGCCUCUGAAUGUCUGGAUAAGAAUUUUAAUUUUUUUUUUCGAGUACAUGAAAAAAUUUGAGGCUUAUAACAAAAAUCAAAUGAAAAGUUCCAGUUUUCAAUUUGUAGGAUAAAAAUUAUUUUAUCAGUUUUUUUCUAACUCAAUUUGUUCAAAAAUUAGCGAAUCGUAGAAAUGAGCUAGUAAUUAUGAUCGUGGAACCAAAAUAAGCUCCAUGUGGAAUUUUAAAAAGAGCAAAUUCAUUUGAAUUUAUGCGGGGGUCCGAACUUGUGACCUUUGGACUCAUAGCCAAGGAUACAACCGACUAGACUACGACGCUACCAUCAAUCUCUUCAUCUUUAUAUCUUCAGAGAGCUCUCGCGAACGAACGCCGAGCCAAGGCGAUGGCCGAGAUGAGGGCUCGCGGGAAACAACAGCAGAAGACGUCCGUCGAACCCGCCGCGGCGGACAUCGAAUGCUGA